AAGAUCGAGAAACAUGAAAACAAAAAAACAAAAAAACCUCAGAAAAGAGAGAAGGCAAGAACGAGCGUAUACAGACGACGGUUUGCACCUAAUCUACAUUGAGAAGAACUGAAGAGCGGUGGGAUCAAGAGGAAUCGAACUUGCCCGGCCAAGAACGACGGUGAAUCUCUUGAUUGCAGAAGAAUUGGGUUUUGGGUUUUAUAGGGUUCCAGAAGAAUUCCCAGCUAAGCCCGCACAAUUUCAACAAUCCAUACCUAUGGAUUGAAGGUGGAAUAUUGUAAUAUGAAUUGGGUGUCUGGUAAUGCGUGCCAUUAACAAAGUGGACAAGCUUUGCCACGACUAGAGGCCCACGCGAGCACCUCUACGACAAUACAGGGUUGAGUUUGGUUGUGGAAGAAGGUUUGAAUAUCUGGUGAGGCUAAAACUGUGAAGUCACGGUGGGCGGCUGAGUAAAGGUGACGCCAUUAAAGGGUUUCAGGAAAGUCUCAGGAGGCAAUAUAAUCGAUAAGAAUUUCAAGGCCCUAAGGACCCUUAUCAGUACCAGUAGUAGAAGCUCAGAGAAGAAAACCCAACUUUUUUGUAUGCCAGAAGUACCAUAAAGAUAAAUUCGAUCGUAGUUGGGAAAUUCGGAGGUCGAUAUCCUACAAUUCCUACCAUUCGUGGCCCUUCUUUUCUAGAGUUAGUUUGGGAAGGACUUGGGCUUGGAGCGGGAGCUGCUAUUGGAAACUGGAACAGGGAGAACGAUAGUAAAAGAGUUUUGCUUCGGAUAGGUGGUCAUUAUGUACCUCAUCAUAUGGAUAUAGCUCUGGACUACCUCCGAAGUUGUCCUGCAUUGAAGAAGCAAAGCAAAGUCAUAGCAAUUGGUCAGCCUUUUCAAAUCAUGGGGAGGAUCUAAGUAGGGAAGAUGUCCAGACUUCAAAUAGAGGCAGAGAGGAGACUUUGUAUUAGAGGCUCUUUUACUGAAAACAAUACACUAUGGACAAAGAAUGGGUCAAUUAUGAAAGAAACACUUUGGAGUAUAGACAUGGAGCACGUAAAUUCGUUGAUACUGUUCAAGCGAGUUUGGGGAAUCCAGAAAGAAUUAGGUGUCCUUGCAUUGAUUGCAGAAACACAAAACGUCAUAACUAUAACAUAGUUUAUGACCACUUGAUUGUACCUGGGAUGAAUCCUUUAUACACUAAGUGGAUAUUUCAUGGGGAGGGGACGACAAUUGCAGGAACACAUGAUAAAACUGAGAUUCCAGAAACAUAUCAAAUGCUUAGGGAUGCAUGUUUUGAAAAUGAUGAUGAUGUUAGGGAACCUACAAACAAAAGACAUGUGGCUGAUUAUGAAAAUUUAUUGGAGGAGGCAGAACUUCCCCUCUAUGGAGGAAGUGGCUGGACAAAAAUGUCUGCAACAGUAGCCUUGUAUAAGUUCAAGGCAAGACAUAGUGUAUCAAACACUGGUUUUGAUGAACUUCUUGAGAUGAUUGGUGGGUUUUUACCAAAUGAUCACAUUCUUCCGAAUUCUUUAUAUUCAACAAAAAAAUUAUUGAAAGCAUUUGAUCUUGGUUAUGAUAAGAUACAUGCUUGUGUGAAUGAUUGUUGCUUAUUUCGGAAAGAACUAGAACAAGUGGUUCAGUGUCCAAAAUGUGGCUCAUCACGUUGGAAAGUUGAUAAGAACACAAAGAAAUUAAAUGAAGGCAUUCCUGCAAAGGUUUUGAGGUAUUUUCCAAUUAUACCUAGAUUUAGAAGGAUGUUUAAAAAUGUUGAAAUAGCAGAACAAUUAACAUGGCAUGACACUAACAAGAGUCAAGAUGUCAUGAUGCGCCAUCCAGUUGACUCAUUGGCUUGGAAGAGCAUAGAUAGGAAUUGGCCUUCCUUUGCAUCUGAGCCUCGUAAUCUCAGACUUGGUCUUUCUUCUGAUGGAUUUAAUCCUUUUGGUGAUUUCAGUUCUCGUUAUAGUUGUUGGCCUGUGAUUUUGGUUACAUAUAACCUUUCCCCUUCUGUUUGCAUGUCGAAGGAAAAUUUAAUGCUUACAUUACUCAUCCCUGGGCCGAAGCAACCAGGGAAUGAUAUAGAUGUAUAUCUAGAACCACUUAUAGAUGAUUUGAAUGAGUUAUGGUUGAAUGGGGUGAGUGUGUAUGACGCAUUUAGGGACGUUACAUUUAACUUGAAAGCUGUGUUGAUGUGGACCAUAAAUGAUUUUCCUGCAUAUGGAAAUUUAUCUAGCUAUUCCACGAAGGGUAAAAAAGCAUGUCCAGUUUGUGGUGUUCAGACUUGCUCAAAAUGGCUAGUAAAUGGAAAGAAACAUGCAUACAUGGACCAUCGGAGGUUUCUUCCCCAUGAUCACCCCUUCCGUUCAAUGGCAGCUUCCUUUGAUGGAACAGAAGAACAUAGAUUCAAGCCUAGACAGUUAACUGGUUCAGAAAUUUAUCAAGUUGUCCAAAAUAUUAAAAAUGAUUGGGGAAAGAAAAAGAAAGGUGAUAACAGAAAUAUGAUGAGUGUUAAUCGAAAGAGGAAAAAAGGUGGAUUAAAUAGUUAUGACGAUGGUGGUGAUGAUGAUUGUGAUGAUGAUGGCGAUGAUCCUAUGAAGCUUACAAAGCGAUGGAAGAAGAAAUCAAUCUUCUUUGAGUUGCCAUAUUGGCAGCAUUUGCUAUUGCGUCAUAAUCUUGACAUGAUGCACAUAGAAAAGAAUAUUUGUGAGAGUAUUAUUGGCACUCUUUUGAAUAUGAAAGGAAAGACGAAGGACAACUUGAACUCUCGCAAAGAUUUGAAAGAGAUGGGAAUUUCAAAAAAAUUGCGUCAGAAAAAUGAUGGAUCUAGUUCUUCUAAAGGAAAGACACCACCGUAUGUGUUUUUAAAAAAGGAGAAGCAGAUCUUUUGUAAGAGGGUAUUUAGCUUGAGGCCACCAGAUGGGUAUAGUUUGAAUAUUGGCAGUCGGGUAUCAUUAGAGGAGCUUAAGAUCUUUAAUCUAAAGUCCCAUGAUUGUCAUGUCCUAAUACAACAAGUGUUGUCAGUAGCGUUAAGAGGUCUUUUACCAAAGGGGCCAAGAGUUGCUAUCUUUCGGCUUUGUGAUUGUCUGAAUCAGCUGUGCCAACGAGUGAUAGAUAUAAGCAAAGUAGAGCUGCUAGAAGAUGAGAUUGCAGAAACUUUAUGCAUGCUUGAAACUUUCAAGUUGAAAGGUUUUUUCCAAUUACCAAUUCAUCUUUCUUUGACGUGAUGGUCCAUCUACCAAUUCAUCUUGUACAAGAAGUUCUUAUUGGCGGCCCCGUACACCUUCGUUGGAUGUUCCCAUUUGAAAGGUAAAAGUUGGCAUCAAUGACAUAAUAUGAAGGUGUUUUUUAGGCCACAGCAUGGAUCACUAUAGAUUUAUUUUUUGCAAUUAACAAAGACAAUUCUAAUCUAAGAUGCUCUCUGUUAAUCUAGAAUGUUUUACAUUUUAGCAUGGUGAUGAUAAAUUGUUGCUUUAAUGAAGUUGUUUUUAUACAGUAUUGAAUUGUUGUUGGCAUAUUAAUUUACAUUUUCUAAUGUGAUGCUUGCAGUUUGUUAUC